CACCAGUUCCUGUCUGAAGCUCUGCAAUGGAGAGCUCAAACCGACCCAGACCAUGUCCUGUAUGUGCUGCUCAAUGCCAAGGGGGUGCCAGUUUGCACCGCCACUUGUGCUCAGCUGCACAAGAGAGCAGAGAAAAUCACAGCUACCCUAAUGGAGAGAGGAGGCCUCAACACCGGAGACAAUGUGGUGCUGCUUUAUCCCCCAGGUAUUGACCUGAUUGCUGCCUUCUAUGGCUGUCUCUAUGCGGGUGUCAUCCCUGUGACGGUGCGACCGCCGCACCCACAGAACCUGGCUGCUACUCUCCCCACUGUCCGCAUGAUCAUCGAUGUGAGCAAAGCAGCCUGCAUCCUCACCACUCAGCCUCUCAUGAGGAUCCUCAGGUCCAGGGAGGCUGCUGCCAGCGUCAACGUCAAGACGUGGCCCACUAUCAUCGAUACAGAUGAUCUCCCCAGAAAGCGGCCUCCACAAAUUUAUAAGCCCCCUACAGCUGAGAUGCUGGCCUACCUGGACUUCAGUGUGUCCACCACAGGCAUGUUGACCGGAGUCAAGAUGUCUCACGCUGCGGUCAGUACUCUGUGCCGCUCCAUUAAGCUGCAGUGUGAGCUCUACUCCUCACGACAAAUAGCCAUCUGCCUGGACCCCUAUUGUGGCUUGGGCUUCGUCCUGUGGUGCCUCUCCAGUGUUUACUCAGGUCACCAGUCCAUCCUUAUCCCUCCCCUGGAGCUGGAGAGCUCGCUGCCUCUGUGGCUGAGCACGCUCAGUCAGUACAAGAUCAGAGACACCUUCUGCUCCUACUCUGUCAUGGAGCUCUGCACCAAAGGUCUGGGCACCCAGACAGAGAUGCUGAAGGCUCGGGGUCUAAAUCUGUCGUGCGUGCGGAGCUGUGUGGUGAUAGCAGAGGAGCGUCCCCGUCUCGCUCUCACGCAGUCCUUCUCCAAGCUCUUCAAAGAUCUCGGCCUGUCGCCGCGCGCUGUCAGCACCGCCUUCGGCUCCAGGGUCAACCUGGCCAUCUGCCUGCAGGGCACUGCUGGACCAGACCCCUCCACCUCCUACGUUGACAUGAAGUCUCUGCGCCACGAUAGGGUGAGGCUGGUUGAACGAGGAGCGCCACAGAGUCUUCCACUCAUGGAGUCAGGCACAAUCCUACCAGGAGUGAGGGUCAUCAUAGUCAACCCAGAGACCAGAGGCCCUCUGGGAGAUUCACAUCUUGGGGAGAUCUGGGUAAACAGCCCUCACAGUGCCAGUGGCUACUACACCAUCUAUGGCGAGGAGAGCCUGCAGGCCGAUCAUUUCAACACCAGACUCAGCUUUGGGGAGCCCCACACUCUGUGGGCCAGGACGGGCUACCUGGGUUUCAUAAAGCGGACUGAGCUAACGGAUGCAAGUGGAGAUCGUCAUGAUGCCUUGUUUGUGGUGGGCUCCCUCGAUGAAACAUUGGAGUUGAGGGGGUUACGCUAUCACCCCAUCGACAUCGAGACGUCUGUAUCCCGAGCCCACCGCAGCAUCGCAGAAAGUGCUGUGUUUACAUGGACCAACCUGCUGGUGGUGGUGGCGGAGCUGAGCGGCUCGGAGCAGGAGGCCUUGGACCUGGUGCCGCUCGUCACCAACGUGGUCCUGGAGGAGCACCACCUCAUCGUCGGGGUGGUGGUCAUCGUGGACCCCGGGGUGAUUCCCAUCAACUCCAGAGGAGAGAAGCAGAGGAUGCACCUGCGGGACUCCUUCCUGGCAGACCAACUGGACCCCAUCUACGUGGCCUACAACAUGUGAUCGCCCUUCACCAACUGAUGAAAAUGCAGAAAACUGAGCCAGGCUCUGAAAAAAGACAUGUGGGUGAGCGACACAGGGGUGCAAUCAGUAGUGAUCCCAGUGUUAAACCUCAGACACACAUUCAAAACACCAAACUAUGUGGGAAUGCGAGAACAGUACACGAGUACUGUAAUGAGAACGUGCUUCCCUUUCAGAAACUGUUCUGUCUUUUGCUUCCACCUGCUCAAUCGCUGCAGUCCAGGUUCACUGACUUUUCAACUGAGGGAGAAGGAUGUUUUCUCUCCUCUUGAUAGUAGAUUCAUCUGCCAACUGGAGGAAACGUGAUCUCCUUCCUUUCUGUGCAUCCCACUUCUCCCUCCUAGCUCCAAUUCAUGUUUUUUUUAAAGAACUUUCUAAUUACAUACUUUUAUCAAAGAAAGAAAUCCUCCCCUCCUCCCGUUCCUUGGUUUUUAUCCUGAACCAUUCAUCCCCAUGUCUUUUCUUUGUUUGUUUUUAACCCCCUCGAUUCUUCAAGUCAGGAUGGUGCACUGGAACUGCUGAGAGGAGCUGGAACUUUCCCCUCUUGCACUUUAAGUCCUCGCACCUCUGAGUCCACUUCCUGUCCCAUCUGCCUCAAGGGGACACACCCCCUCCCCCAUGUUUGGUGCUUUUUUACAAGAGCAAAUCCACAUCAGUAUUACAAAGUGCCACCAGCAAGUGCAGCCCACAGGGGCGGUCCUGACAUCACACCUUUUCUACCAGGUGCACCGUGGCUUUCACCUCCCAUCACAUACUGUGUUUGCCAGCAGAUAUGCAUUCAGUCAUUACAAAAUGUCCUAAAAAAACCUCAUGAAUUAUUUGUUGAUGUGGGAAAAGAAAGACUGGCUUCAUAGACAUACAAACCUGGAUAUCACAGAUGAUCUUUAAUGGGCAGAAACACAGAUUCAUUUUCAUUGUGAGUAGGAGUCCGUUAGAUAGUCCUUAUGACUGUGAAGUACUAAUACAUAUUUUCCAAAGCACCAAUUUUCACAAGAAGGGUUGAAGGUAUACCUGAAGUUUAGUUGUGCAUGCUAAUUUGGAGUACAAUCAAUGCGGGCAAAAAAAAAAAAGAAACUAAUAAGCCAAGGAGUCACACAGCAAUGGAUUGGUUGGUUCGGCAGUGCGUAUGCUGAAUAUUUAAGCAGAGCUCAGCCCCAAUUCGUGACUUGCGUGUAUUACAUUCCCCUAACCAUCUGGAUGUAAAAAUACAUUUCGAACACUUUCUUUUCUAAUACAGCCAAAAAUGACAGUUAUUCUUAUUUUCUUUUUUUAAAACACAAGCAAAAUGUUUUUAUGAAAAAUCAACUUAUACCAAUGGUUACCGAUGAUAAAAUUUAUAAUUUUGGUUGAGAUUGUAAAAUUGAGCAGGUGAUCUAUGUCGUUUCUACCACCUUUUGUUUGGAUUACGAAACCGAGGCAGCAGAAAUAAUAUUUUUUCAUCCAGAAGCUUAGAAGAGUCUUUGAAGAGUCUGGUAAGUGUUGCUAAACGACCUUCUGCGUUUUCCAAAGUCCCGUGGAUCGAAUGUAAAGGCAUAAACUGGGGCUAGGCAGAGCUGGCAGAUUGAAGCUCGACAGUUCAUUCUUGACUUUGAAAACAGUUUCCCCGGCAAAAACAAAUCUCAACUCAAAGUCGACUUGUCUCUUGUUCCAGCCAUAUCGACCAGUUUUCAUAAGCAGAUUGAUCUUAAAGUCAUAAAAACAUCUGCAGUUCUUUGACACGUGAGCAGACUCUGUCUGCUGCUGAGGACUGGCCUGUGUAAUACAACUGAAGGCUCCAGAACAAGCGAGUAAGUGGACCUCGAGUUUGACUUUCGGUCUGUGUGUAGUUUCCCAUGUCAAAGCAAAGAGCAUCCAUCAUUUAAUGUCUGCGUCAGAGUUGAUUAGAUAAAUGUAGAUCAUCCGAAGGCAAGUCAGUGCCUUUUUAUUGCACCAUCGUGACAUUUAUAAUCACAGACUGUUGAAUUUCCUAAAAAUAAGAUAUCAAGAAUGAGGACAUAACUUUGCCUUACUAAACCUGUGGAACUUUAGUACUUUUUAUGUUCAGUCCCUCAUUUCUAGCUGUACUAAAAGUGUAUUAAAUUACCUAUACCACCAUUUUUCACACACGUGGAAUCAGACCAGUUUCUAACUCAAAACACACUCGUAUCAACUGUUUUUUUUAGUUGGGGGGGGGGGGUGCAUCUUGUUGUUUUACGAAGGUGUUAGCGGUCAUGCCUUUCUCAUUUCAUCAUCAAUUUAUGAAUGUCUGUAACACUGAAAAAUUUAGGAAUGAACAGAAAAUCAUUAAGCGACCUGUGAUUUAAAAAAAAGGCCUAAUCCUCCUGUUUAAAAAAAAAAGGGGGGGGGGGGUAAUAAAUAAGGGUAAGGAUGUUGUAUGUAAACUGUAUUUUAGAGGUCAAAUACUGUAUUACUAGUGUUAAUGUGUACAUGGAGAUGAACUUUGUCGAUAAAAACUUGACUGAUCUUUCAUACUUGACAGCAUUUUUCUGCAUUGUUAAUUUAAUGGUUUCACAUUGCAAAAGUGGAAAAAAAAAAAAAGGUUUCAGAUUAUUUUGGCAGGAACAUUGUGCACUUUCCCACUAUCAUUUUAUGUGUGUGUGUCCAAGAGGGAGUGAGUGUGUGUGUGACAGUGACAUUUGGCUUUUAUGGUGCAACAAGGUUUGUCUUUUGUAAGAAAAUGAUCCCAGAAUAUUGAACCUAUUUUUUAUUUCUUGUCUUUUUUUUAUGUCGCCUCCACUGUAUUUGAAUUCUUUCCAUCCAAAAUUGGAAACAAAUAUAUUUUAUAGGGGUUUCAUCGAUGUUUUCCUGAUGUAAUCUUUCUUUAAAACUGCACAACUUCUGCAAACGGCUGGUUUGAUUUAGAAGCAGCUUAACAUACAGCACAACACGUACAACAAUAAACCACUUUUCAUUCAGUGACGGACACUGAUGACAUGUAUGCGAGCCAGUAUCUGGGGCAAGUUAGUGUUACUCAUCAUGAAUAACCAAGUGAAGCUUCUGAUCUACUGUGUGAUAAUUGCUUUGUUGCUACUGUUUCACUCCGACAAGUUUUAAUAAAGUUUUAUAAUUCCA